AUGGCGUCACAGCGGGUUGUCACCUGGCAUGCGCUCCGGUUGACACCCGGCCUCGGGACGCCCCUGUGCAGAGGCACCGGGAGUUACGUGAUUGUAUCAUCUCUGAGUCGGCCUCUCAGUCCAGGGAAAACCGACUCCAACGCCAUGCUGACCAAGGAGGAAGCAGCCGCCCACCGUGACGGAAAACCGCCUUACAGUUACGCCAAUCUUAUCCAGUAUGCCAUAAACUCGGCUCCCGCCCGGCGUAUGACCCUCAGCGAGAUCUACCGCUGGAUCUGUGACAACUUCCCGUAUUACCGCAAUGCAGGUGUCUUCCAGAACUCGAUCCGCCACAACCUGUCUCUCAACAAGUGCUUCAGGAAAGUGCCGCGGCCCAGAGACGACCCGGGGAAGGGAUCAUAUUGGAUGAUUGACAGCUGUCCAAAAGAAGACGUAGCCCUGCCCCGCAGGAAGAGGCCACACCCUGAUGAUGAGCUCUCUCAGGAUUCCACUGAACAGGAAGUGAAUAAGAGCCCCCUAAGUAACACCAGCGAGGUGUCUGUAACCACCGAGAAUGCACAAGGACACCAUAUGGAGAACAAUUCCCCCCUCCCCAGCUACAGCCAGGCUGCCCCGACUCACAUGCCGCCAGACUCCAGGGCUCCAUCCUACAACAACAACGACUGCUACAAAUUCUCCUUCUCGGAAAUCCCCGACCUCAGCUGUUCCUUCCGGAGCCUGUACCGUACAUUGCAGGGUAAACGGGGGCUCUCUCCACUCCCCACUGAUGUACAACAACCACCACCUCCACCACCACCUUCCUCCAGUUGCUGUAUGUACCAGCAGAAUUCGGGGGAGUCCUCACUGCACCCCCACACUGUCCCCAGCAUCAGCAACCCCUCAUCUUCUCACCAUCAAGCCCAGCACCAGCAGCAGCCGCCCUACCUACCCUCCCCGCAGAUGCCCCGGCCAGCUGCCCCCAGCAUGCCUCUGGGACUCCCCAGCGACUGGUGUUCCAACAUCGACUCACUGAAGGAGAGCUUCAAGAUCGUCAGUAAUCUGGACUGGUCCACCGUGGACCUGUCCCAAUUCUCAGACCUCAUGGAGAGCCUGCGCCAGGCCGAGCUAAAGAACUGGAGCUUGGACCAGCACCACAUCGCCAGCCUGUGUGACUCGUUAUCCCAUCUGCUGAGCCACACAGGUCUCCUGCCACCCACACAUGGCCAGACACCCUGCCAAUCUCCUUGUAUGCCCCCCACCACCAGCAGUUCCUGUGCACUUCAGGGAGCCAAGCCUGGGCACACCAUGGCAGUGGCCUCCUAUGGACAGAAUCCGCCAACGCCAGUGUCUUGCGUUCAUAAUUUCACUGCACCACCCGGAUAUCCGAUCCACACUCAAGCACCACCACCAACAUACAGUCAGCAAGGUCGCCAUCCUCCGCGAACUCUGUACCCACCAUCCCGUCCGCCAAUGCGCCAUCCGCACAACGACGAAAUUGAAGAUACCUUUGACUGGGACUCUAUCGCUUAGGACCUCGGCCCUCCCGCUACCCUCAGGGGGUUACUGCAAGCCCUCCAACUGUACAGAC